ACUGUUUAUUUUCUCCUCUUCAUUUUCUCGGGCUUUUCUGGGAUGAUUGAACAAGGUUUUGGCUGCUUUUCUUCGUAAACUUUCUCACUCUUCAUAUUUAACUUCCUGAUCGAGAAGAGAUUUUUCUUCAUUUUUUUCCUUUGGGAUAUAAUAGAAUUUCUAGGAGAUUAAUCUAAAUUUUCAGGUGAAGCUGAGAGGAAGUAAUUUAUAUUUUAUUUUAAACUCGCUGUUUUUUGUCGCUAAAAUUACAAUUCUGAUGCUUUCUUGCUCUCUAGUUUUUUUUGGAUACAGUAAAUUGAUAGUCUAGUUAGAAGAGUUGCUUUGGGCGCCGCUAUCCUUAGUCUGUGCUGGUUUACGUUCCUUGUUGCGUUCCAUCAUGUUGAUAUCAGGACAUCAUGAUCUCCAGAGCUUAAAAUUGAAUUUGAUUGUUCAUAUGCUUUGGUUUACCUUUCCCCCGGCCUAACUGAUGAAGUCUUCAUUUGGAAUUUUAAAUAUUAUUUCAUUAAUUUAUUAUUCAAAGGGUGAAGCUGUUUAGAAUUAUUCACUAAAUUUUUUGUCUGUGAAAAACAAGGAGAAAAAGUCUAUUGUUUUCUUGCAGGCUUGUUGCGCCCAAAGUCCCAAACUGAGAGUUUGACAGGGGAUUUGGGUUAUAAAAAUGGUUGUUGUGCCUGAUGGCCUGAAGGCAUGGGAGAUACUGAAGGGAAGACCACACAAUGUUGACCUUAUACUAACAGAAGUGGAUUUGCCAUCAAUAUCUGGUUAUGCUCUUCUCACAUUGAUUAUGGAGCAUGAAGUUUGCAAAAACAUUCCAGUUAUAAUGAUGUCUUCGCAAGAUUCAAUCAACACAGUCUACAAAUGCAUGUUGAGAGGUGCUGCUGACUACCUUGUCAAGCCCCUUAGAAAGAAUGAGCUGAGGAAUUUGUGGCAGCAUGUUUGGAGAAGACAAUCUUCAACCUCUGGUUUAAACGGUCUUGAAGACGAGAGUGUUGCACAAACGAAGGCUGAAGCCACUGCUGAAAACAAUGCUCCAGAUAAUCAUUCAAGUGGCGAUGCUGCAUGCAUUCAAAGAAAUAAGGAAUUAAUUGAGAAAGGAAGUGAUGCUCAGAGCUCUUGUGCAAAGCCUGAUUUGGAAGCUGAGAGUUCUCCGAUGGAUCAUGUGUAUGAAUCUUCCCGACUAAAACAGGUCGAACCAUACCCAAGAGAAACAAAUAUGCAGGACGUUGAAAUGUGCAUUCAAGUAGGCCAGGCCUUGGCUUUGCAUGACAAUCACGCAGAAGGAUUAACAGUCGAGAUCCGCAAGCGUGGUGAGACUAAUUCAGCUUAUGGCAAGGAUGGUGACCAAGAACAUUUUAGGAGUCCUGACACCAGUCAGGAGGCUUAUGACAAUCACAAUGUUCAAAUUACCUCUUCAAAGGAAGCUAUUGACUUGAUUGGAGCAUUUCGAAAUCAUCUAAACAGCAGUCACAAAAGUUCCUCAGUCAACUGCACGGGCAAGUUUGACUUUUCUCCUCAGCUUGAUCUUUCCUUAAGAAGAUCUCAUCCAGGCAGCUUUGAGAAUGAAACUACUAAAGAAAGGCAUGCCCUGAUGCAUUCCAAUAGCUCAGCUUUCAGACGGUAUACUAACAGGCAAACACAGGCCCCGCCUGCAGUGUCCAUAAACUGCUGCAAUCAAGAAAGAGAAAAGAGAACAAAUUGUGGGAACAACAUCUCAAACAUGGCAGGCUAUAACUUGGAUAUUUCAAUGCCUAACUUUCAAGGAAGUAUUGUGUCUUCAGCCACACAGCAGUCAAAAGAAUCCGAGCUCCCAACUUCACCCUCCCAGCGUCGGCUUUCACUUCCAAUCCCAGUAAAAGCUGUAAGGUACGAUGAUCCAUGCGCGACCUAUGGUUCUGCACUUCCUCCUAUGUUCUGUACGCAGUCAGGGCCCGCAUCCACACUAAAUCCAGAGUUGGUGCCACACCGUGAACCAACCUUUCAAGUGAAUGGUUUUUAUCAGUCGAAUACCAAAGAAGAAAGUUCAGAGCAGCGUUAUGAUCCUCAAGGUAAAAAUGGAAGCAACACAACAGGCCACGUUGUAUACAUGCAGGAAAGCAAUUUGGAACAUGUGGAGGAUCAAAGACACAUCUCUCCCACAACUGGUCAAAGUGCCUGCACUAACAGCAACGCCGAUCAGGUUGCCAUGGCCAGGGCAGCUUCAGAGAGCAUGACGGAAGAGCUCUCAAACAAUGGGAGUUCUCAUCGAUCUAGAUUAAGAGAAGCAGCUCUGAACAAAUUCCGCUUGAAACGGAAAGAGAGAUGCUUUGAAAAGAAGGUUCGAUAUGAAAGCAGAAAGAAACUUGCAGAGCAGCGUCCUAGAGUGAAGGGCCAAUUUGUUCGUAAAGCGCAGCAAUAUUCUCAGGCUACAGAAAAAGAUGGUUGAGACUAGGACCACUAGAGAAUUGCUGCCUCACCAAGUUUUUAGCAUUGGGUUGCUUGAAAAUUUUUGUUUUCCAGAGACCCUGUAGACGAUAGCCAGUUUCAUGUGUAUAGGCUUCCGAAAAGUCAGUUUCUUUAAUCUUUCUUUCGGAUCAUGAUAUUAUAUAUAUGUAUUAUAAGUUUGUAACAAGAAUGAUCGAGCUUGUAAAUUUCUUGUCUUACAUGGGACUUGGUUGGCUCACUAGAUAUUUAUUUAUUUGUACGGAAUGGAUUUUUGUUCUGAAAA